AUGGAAUAUGAAGACAUGAAGCGAGUUGCCAGUAAAGAUUUGUUUGAAAGAUAUGACCAUCUUUGCUUCCGUCAAGCUAUACGACGAAUGCCCGAUUUUCGAUGGUGCAAAAAUCCGAAUUGCGGAUCGGGACAAGAGCAUUUUGAACGAGACGAUGCUCCAAUUAUGAUUUGUGUCGCAUGUAAAAAAAUGACUUGCUACACACAUGAUGUCCCAUGGCAUGAAGGUCGAACCUGUGCUCAAUACGAUAUUGAGAGACAGACCACCGAAGGCGCCACGCGUGAUACUAUCGAUCGCGAGACCAAACCUUGUCCUAAAUGUCAUAUUAGGAUUUUUAAGUCGGGUGAGGAUGUGUUCUUGACCUUACGUUAA